AUGCCUGUGACUUUAGUAGACAGGUUACCCUUGCCGAACCUCAAGGUUUAUACGGCGGGAAGUGUGUUGCUACUUUCUGUUGCUGUGUAUUAUGCUAUAAGUGUAACGAAUGACCCGAACUGGAGAACGAAUACUACUCUUCAGCGGCAAGAAGCUGCUGUAGUCGGUUCUGAUGUUGAGUCAGUCAUUUCGCCGCCUACAGUGUUAGCGCCGGUGUAUGCCGCCAACGACACCAGGAAUUUGACUGAGCAGGUUGUUGAAGUAAUGACCUUCAUGAUGCAGGAGCCUCUAUGUAUGUGGAGUGUGAUCAACAUGGCGUACUGCUCGCUGGGCGUGGCGGGCCUGGCGGUGCAGCGACUGGUGUUCGGGACGCUGCGCGUCUCCGAGGCGCAGCGCGUCAAGGACAAGUUCUGGAACUACGUGUUCUACAAGUUCAUCUUCGUGUUCGGCGUGGUGAACGUGCAGUACAUGGACGAGGUGCUGCUGUGGUGCUCCUGGUUCACGCUGCUCGGCUGCCUGCACCUGCUCGCGCAGUUAUGCAAGGACCGGUUCGAAUACCUGUCGUCGUCGCCGCAGACGGCCCGCUGGGCACACGCGCGGCUGGUGAUGCUGUUGGUGGGCAUCCUGUGCGCCGCCGCAGCUCUGAUGGUGGCCGCCGUGCGCUGGGGACUGCCCGCCGGACGGGACACCUUCGCCUUCAUGGCCGCCGAGUGCGCGCUGGUGUGCGUGCCGACGCUGCACGUGGUGGCGCGCUCCGUGCUGCGCGCACGCGACGCCGACGCCGCGGGCCCCGCCGCCUACUACACGCACCUUGUCUUCGACUCGGUGGCGCUGGUGACGGAGCUGGCGCACGUGGCACACAUGGUGGUGCACAGCAACGCGCUGGUGUCGAUGGCGUCGCUCGUGCUGCUCAUGCAGCUACGGCACCUGCUGCACGCGCUGCUCGCGCGCCUGCGCCGCCAUCGCCUCUACACCGCGCUCGCCGACCACAUGAGCCGCAACUAUCCAAUGGCGAGUAAAGAAGAGGUGGAGAAAAAUGAGGACAACUGUGCCAUCUGCUGGGAGCCCAUGAAGGAAGCGCGCAAGCUUCCCUGCGCACAUCUCUUCCACAACUCUUGCCUGUGCCGCUGGGUGCAGCAGGACGCGUCGUGCCCCACGUGCCGGCGCGCGCUGUCGGCCGCCGCGCCGCCUGCUGCCACGCUGCCACCGCUGCCUCAGCUGCCGCCGCUCGCCCCGCUGCCACCGCUGCCGCCGCUGCCCGCCGACCCCGCAGACCCCGCGCACCCCGCGCCGCAACCCAACCACUUCUUCCACUUUGACGGUUCGCGCUACGUGUCGUGGCUGCCCAGCUUCUCCGUGGAGGUGACGCGUGUGCGCGCGCCCACCGCGCCGCCCGACGCCUCGCAGCUCGACGCCAUGGCGCGCCAGGUGCAACAAGUGUUCCCACAGUUCACCCUGAACGCGCUGGCGAGUGAUUUGGCUCAGACUCUGUCUCCAGACCUCACCGUGGACAACAUCCUGGCCGGCCGGCUGCUGCCACGACAACACCUGGAAGAGCCUACGAGCAGUGUAAACACUUCAGUGAUACCAGAAACAGCCACAAACGGCACUAGCGAUACUACUACACCAACCACUACCACCAACAACUCCAGCACUUCGAGCGACAGUCUGGAUGCCGGCAGCAGUACUCCAGAGCUUGCCUCACAGCACGACGAACAGAUGGGGGAGAGUGGGGCGGUGCAGUUCUGCAGCAGUGCAGCAGAACGCGAGGCCGCACUGCUGCGCCGCAAGCGACAUCUGCUGGCGGCCGCGCGCGCGCGCUACCUGCAGCAGCACCAGCAGCGGCGGCAGCAGUACCAGCAGCAGCAGCAGUUCCCGCAGCAGCAGCCGCGCAGCUGA